AUGACCCUAGUCUCAAAUGAUCCCAGUUUCUGGCCGCAAAUCGCUCUGACUCGUACUGUCAGCUAUUUUGCAGUUGCAGGCUUUGCUGCAGUGGUAUAUGAUUGGGUAUCGUCACUCGGACAGGAGAUUGAACUUAUCUGGAGGCAACGAUGGUCCCUCGUGACUUUUUUAUAUCUCGGUCUACGCUAUAUUGGACUGCUAUGCUCUGUGGUCGAUGUACUGAGCACUGACGCCAUCAGCGUACAAUGGUGGAUGUUAUUCGCUGCAGACAUUAUGCUAGGCGCCAUCGUGAUCAUUCGGUUACACGCCAUGUACCAGCGAUCCAGAAAGAUAUUCAUCUUUCUCAUUGCAACCUUCUUUGCUGUCACAGCUUCUUCUUCAGUGAUAGACGGCGUAGGAACUCGCCCUUUCAUUUGGGAGGAGUUCAUCCUAUCAGGCACCUAUCAGUGCCAUGUGGUUGCGGAAGACCAGCCCCAACUUUCCCUUUGGAGUUGGGUGAUCGGCAUUGCAUGGGAGGCCCUCACAUUGUGUCUUGCAGUCUGGAUUGCUAUCCAACACUUUCGUAAAAUAGAACGAGUCGGACGAUCGACAGCGUCGACCAUCGGGGACUUGUUAACGGCGUUGAUAAAAAGCCACGUGCUUCACUUUAUAGCUUUUGCUACUGUUUCUUGUUUCCGCCUCGGCUAUCUUUCUCCAAACCUGUCGGAUUCGAAUUCUGCGAGAGAUCAAAUUUAUUAUGGCAUCGCUGUAAUUGUCCUGCCUGUGCAGUUGUUUGUACUGGGACCACGCCUCAUCCUGAGUAUUCGAGAAUAUCACACAGAACUCGUGGACGACUCUGACGCAGGAACUGGCAUAACUACAAUUGCUUUCCAGGAAUUUGACACUGGCAGUAGUGUGUAG